AUGAUCGGACAGAACCCUGUCACAGCAGCAGACCUCGAUGUCGUCGGUACUCUCGCGCCGACGUUAACCGCGCCUAUGACCAAACUAUUCCGGCAGCUGUGUGAUCGAGCCAAGAGCCAUAUCCUUAAGGCGAAGAGGAAGCAGAAACACUAUGCGGACGCUCACCGACGAGAGCUGCAAUACAACCCAGGUGAUCGGGUCUGGAUAAGCAGCCGUAACCUUCCGGGGCUCAACCAGUGCUCCAAGUUCGAGCCUAGGUUUCGCGGUCCCUUCACGGCUUUGAAACGCAUCAGCCAGGUCGCCUACUGUAUCGAGCUUCCGCCGACGUACACGUGUCAUAACGUCUUCCACGUCUCGCAGCUCAUUCCCGACCGCCCCCGCUACCCCCAGAUGCAGUCCAAGGAAGCAGCUGGUGGGUGGCUACCGGUAAAGGUUCCGGACGGUAGUCCCACCGAUAUUUACGAGGUCGACUAUAUCCUCGACCAACGCGGCUCAGGCGCAGAUACUCAAUAUCUUGUCAAGUGGCGAGGUGCUCCAGAGGAUCGUGCGACUUGGAAGCCUGCAGCCAACCUUACCAACCGCCCAGCCCUUCUUCGUGCGUGGCGACGUAUCCCUUAA